AUGCCAAAAGUGAACUUUAAGGGUAGGAUUAGGUUUCGCGUCAUGGAUUCCCCUGAAUCUACCAAACCCACCACCACCAUCGCCGCCCCUACUUCUUCAUUGGACCCUGUGGCAGUCCAAGAUUCACCUAUCUCCAGUUACAUCUGCAAUCUUUCUCCUUUAAAGCCUGUCAAAGCAGCACCAGUUGCACAGAGUUUCCCAGGACUUAAUUCUCCUCCCCUUGUAUUUUCUUCACCUCGAAUCCAUCCACACCGCCAAUCAAGUUUUCUAAAAAGGCCUCAAUGCACUCAACCAUCCGGUUCAGAAUUAUCUCAGCAGGAUGAUAGGGCCAUAAAUAUUGCCAAAGGUGUAGAUGAAUCUGGGAAAUCUGAUACCAAAUUGAGUUGUGGGUUGAUUUUUGGCACCGAGGAGGGUGAUAAUAGCAGCUCCGUAGACGAUCAAUGUGGUAGUCCCCCUGGAUGUGUGGAUGAAUUUUUGGCUGAUCAUAUGGAGGUGGACUGUGUGGAGUUAAAUCAUUCUGAAAAUUUAACUUCAAAACAAUCUGACAAUGUCCCUAAAUCAUCAAGUGGUGUAGCAGAUUCAAGGGACUCUAUAACAGAAGUGGAAAAAAAAUAUGAUGUGACAAAAGAUGACAGGAUGACAUUGGGUGCAUCUCCUGCCAUCUUUGAUCAAGCUGUAGAGAAAUGUCAAGAAAAGUCACCAUUUGAUACAGCACCUGGUAAGGCAGAAAAAGAAAAUGAAGUUGGUGAUAUGCCGUCUAUCGUAUGCCCAAAAGUUGAGCAUCAUGACCAUGCUUUAGACAAACAUUAUUAUGAGCAUUCAGCGACUGAGGAUGCAGGAGCUGGCCAUAAAGUUGAAUCCGAUUGUAGCUCUCAGUUGCUUUUAGAAUCCAUGCAGAUUGUUGAGUACAAAGAUUGUGUUCAAGCCACUAGAGCACUCUCAAGUGAACCAGUUGAGAACUUGAUGCUUCGUGAUCCCAAGGCCAGUCCACACCACUGUGGCAUGCGUAGACGUUGUCUUCAAUUUGAAGGGGCUCAACAGAACACGACAGUGAACAGCCCUGGUUCUUGGAUUCCAUCAAAUAGUACCACUAGUUCAAGGUCAUCUGUGAUCCCUGCCAACUCAGAGUUUCUAGAAUCAUAUUAUGUAGAUGUGCCAGCAACUCCCGCCAACAUGCAACUGGAUAACAUGACCCAACCCACGUUUUUGGCUUUUUCUCCUCGAAAUGAUGGAACUUGUAGUUCAAAAGUUUCAAAGCCCUCAGGCAUUGGCUUGCACUUAAAUAGCAUUGUUAAUGCCAUGCCAGCAGGUUUUGGUGCAAUUGCAAGCAUCAAAUCAGCUGAAAGGGGUUAUUUGAGUGUCAGAGGGAAGAAGUCAGUAUCUAUGAUAAAUCGUCAUCGAUCAGAGAACUUAGAGAAUUGCCUGAUUUCCUCAAAUGUUGUUGAGAGCACUACAGGAAGCAAAGAAGAUGGCAGGCAUGAAAGUCACCCCUCUGUAGCAGCAAGCACUGCCAGAUCUCUGUCUCAUUACAGUGUACAACCUUUGACCAAUGAUGUGCUUUUGAAGCCAAUUGAACAACAAGCAACUGCAUGUGGUGAUAAGAGGAAGUCCAAUUCUGGACAUGCUGACAGUCUUGAGGAGAAGAAGAGUUCAGUGACCAACGAUGGUGAUGAUUGCAAACGUUGCAAUUGUAAGAAGACUAAAUGUUUGAAACUUUACUGUGAUUGUUUUGCUGCUGGAAUCUAUUGCGCUGAAACUUGUGCUUGCCAAGAGUGCUUCAACAGGCCUGAAUACGAAGAUACAGUUCUUGAGACACGAGAACAAAUUGAAACUCGAAAUCCACUUGCAUUUGCUCCAAAAGUUAUACAGCGUAACACAGAGCCUCAGGCAAACAGUACUGUGGAGGGUGGAAUCAUUUCGACACCCUCUUCAGCAAGGCACAAACGAGGAUGCAAUUGCAAGAAAUCAAUGUGUUUGAAGAAAUACUGUGAGUGCUAUCAGGGCAAUGUUGGAUGCUCCGAUGGUUGCCGGUGUGAAGGAUGCAAGAAUGUCUAUGGCCGGAAGGAAGAUUCUCGUCUAUUUACCAAGAAAUUUGCAUUUUCAGAAUAUGGCAUGAGCAAAGAUGUGGUGAACAAACAAGCCAUUGAUGAAAGAUUGGAUGCCUCGUAUGAAGAGAGGCUGGACAUGGUGCCAAGUGAAAAAGGUUUGCUGCACAUUGAGCCCUGUAAUCCUCGUGACUUGACUCCUCUGACACCAUCAUUCCAGUCCUCAAAAUACCACCCAUCACCUGAAUCUGAUCCCACCUUCUUAGAAUCUUAUGGGAAGUCCUUCGGAUCUCCUCUAAACUCUGAUAAUCAUGGCAUGACGCUUGAAACAGGCCAUCGCAUGGUGCUGUCAAACCAUUCAUCAAUGGACAUUCCUUCUUUGAUGUCACCAAUGACAAGGGACUGGUCAAAUGGUUCAGGAGCACAAUUGGUUCCUGGAAGUGGCCAUUUUUCGUCUGUGAGUUCUCUUCAGUGGCGUAAUUCACCAGUCACUCCAAUGACUAGGUUUGGUGGGACCAAAUUUGUCCAGGUGCUAGACUCCGAUGACAACCUUCAUGACAUAAUGGAAGAUGACACUCCUGAGAUUCUGAAGGACGUUUCUACCUCACCCAAUACGGUGAAAGUAAGCUCCCCAAAUAAGAAGCGAGUUUCUCCUCCUAAGGGUGGCUUGCAUGAGCUUGGUUCUAGCUCAUCAGCAGGCUUAAGAACUAGCCGGAAGUUUAUAUUACAAGCUGUUCCUUCUUUCCCACCUCUAACGCCAUGCCUUGAUUCCAAAAGUAGUGAUAUUCAGAGUACAAGCGAUCUUCAAGGUUGCAGUAGCCCCAAAUGA